CAACACCAAACCUUCUUAGCGGAACACAUAGGAAGCUUAGAAAAAGAUCAAAUGUUUGCUGCUGCAAGCUCUCCAGUCAAAAUAUCUACUUCUUCUUCACUGAUAUUAUUUCAUAACGAAAAUAUAUAUAUAUAUAUAUAUAUGUAUAUAAAUAAUACAAAAUCCAACAAAACUUUUAUAAUGAAGCCAAGGCAUCUAAUUUGUCCAAGAAUCUUGGUUGUUAUUAUCAUCCAAAAAUCAAACAUUAAAAGACUCCUCUCAUCCAUGUUCUAUCUUUGCCAAAAGGGUUGGAUCCAGUGAAGAAAACGAAUGGAUUUGGAUUUCUCUUCACCUUUCAAGCAUGGAGAAGCUGAUCGGAGCUUUUCAUCAAACAGUAAUGCAAAGGAGUCAGAUCAUUUAGCUCAUAACAAGCACUACAUCGGUGUAAGGAAACGGCCGUGGGGGAAAUACGCAGCAGAAAUAAGGGAUUCGACAAGGAACGGAAGGAGGGUUUGGCUUGGAACGUUCAACACGGAAGAAGAGGCAGCGUUGGCGUAUGAUCAAGCUGCAUUCGCCAUGCGAGGCCCUUCGGUUCCCCUCAAUUUUCCCUUGGAAAAAGUUGUGGAAUCUCUUAGAGAAAUGAAUUACAGCUGCAAGGAGGGCUCAUCACCUGCUAAAACCCUAAAGGAUUCACAUAAGAGGCUGAGCGCAUCGACGACACGAACAAGUAAUAAAAAGAAACAAGCUAAUGAAGAGGAUGUAUUGGUUCUUGAAGACUUGGGGUCUGAUUUGCUGGAUGAGCUCUUGUCUGAGAGUUCAACUGGUGACUGAACUGCAAAGGGUUAACUUUUCUACUGGUUUUGUGAGUAUGCUGUUUUGGUACA